AUGAAAGAAAGCUCACAAUACGACUAUAAAAUCUCUACCAGGCCUCAAGAAUUCGGCCCAAAAGGCGAAACUUUAUCAAAUCCUGUAGGGAACUUGCUUAAGGGGGGGGAGGAAGAGGAGGAAGAAAAUAAACAAGAAUCACCAUUUGAAAAAGAACUUAAAGCAUAUCAUAAUCUUAAAAAACUUGAAGACAAACCCAUUAAAUCAAUAAAUGACAACGGCACUCAUAAUUAUAAUUCUUCUUACGACGAACAAAGACAAUUAAAAGACGAAUUGAAUAAUAAUAAUGGUUAUAUAGCAACUUCAGAGGAACAAUACUUUUAUCAUCCUGAAAGACAAUUAUGGUUUGACACAUACUCUGGAAUCUAUUCAUAUUAUGACAAAUCCACUCAAACUUACACUCCAAUAAAUGACACCACAGCGGCCACCCACAAUAUACAAUUUAUCAACAACAACAACGUUAACACCACCGCUGCUGUUUUUGAAGAUUUAGCAAUAGAACAAGGUGAACCUGGUAGUGAUGCAACUCUUAGAUUGGUGGUGAUCGAAUCAGGGAUUUUAAAAUCUGGUGAUUUGGUUCUUGUUGAUGCUAAUGGAAUUUCUAUAGGCAGAGAUAAAUGUUAUGAUAGACGUCUUCGUCUAGCUGAGAUGCCAACUUCAAAACAUCAUUUUGAUAGUGGAUCUCAGAAUGGAACUUUUGUUAAUUCUAAACGUCUUUCUGAAAGUAGAAUGAGUUCUAAACCAUGUCAGUUGAGUCAUAUGGAUGAAUUGGAGAUUGGUAGACAAAAUGACAGCUUUAAUGUAACACAAAAAGAACUUUUGGAAAUUCAACGUAGAUUGGAAUUAAAUAGAUUAAAAAGAAAAUAUAUAGGAUCAAAUAAUAAUCAAAAAAGUGCAAAAUAUGUAGACCAAACAAAAAUUGGACCAGAAAAUAAGGGAAGUAAACUAUUACAGAAAAUGGGUUGGCAAGAGGGACAAUCAUUGGGUUGUAAUGGAAAUGGAAUUAUUGAACCUUUGAAUUUAGUGAUUAAUAAGGGUCGGACUGGACUUGCAAUUUUUGUUUUAAUUACAUGUUGA